AUGGGACGCAGUUGCAAUGAUGAGGAAGCUUCACCACCAUCACCACCACCAACAGCAACCAACGAGAAAAAACAGCAUCACUUUUCUUCCAUAAUAAUCACCAACAGCAUUGGUAUGGCCCUCAAUGGGUAUAUUGCCGGUGCCACUGGAUUUUUGAUCCUCCUAUUACUCAAAAUCUAUGGAGCAACAAUUGUGAAUGAGCAUGUGCAAGCCGCUUUUACAUACAUCUUCCUCGCUGCUUAUAUUGUGGGCGAAGCAGGAUUUGGUUUCCUCAUUGAUUAUAUUGGACGUAAGAAGGGAUUGGUCAUCGUCGCAUCACUCAUAUUGCUUGGAUCAAUCGGAUCAACGUCAUCCAAUGGAACGACACCAAAUCAAUUGGUAUGGCUAUUAAUUGGCUUCCGUGUUAUCAUUGGUAUUGCCCAAGGUGGCGAGUAUCCUUGCAGCGCUGUAUCAACAACCGAGUCAACUGCUCAUAUAAAGGCAAAGCGACGAGGCAUGAUCAUUAUUGGGACCACCUACCUUAUGGUUGCAGGGGGAUACAUCAUCACAGCUGUGGUCACAGUCAUCCUCGUCGCGAUAUUUAAAGACAACCUUGAGCCAACUUGGAGGCUGCUUGUCGGCUUGCCCAUCAUUCCCACUGCAUACAUCCUUUACUGUUAG